CAGCUUUAUUGUUAUUAGCAUUCCCCUAUUCCCGUCAUCGAGGUUCAUCUUCUACACUCUACGUAUGUACUAAAACACACGUUAUAUAAACCUAUCGUGAAGAGGUAUCUAGUCUUUCAACAUCCAUUCGACAAGACUAUUUCAUAAAUCUACCCUCCACAUGCGAAACCGAUACUACCUGGUGGCUAAUCGAAAUCCUAGAAUAAGCCAUCUCUUUACGCCAGACAACCGUUUAUCCUAUCUAACUAAGCCGACACUCAAACAGCCUUUUCGAAGAAACAACAAUGCCUAGUCUUGCAAACCCAGCAACCCUCGGCAAAAUUUGUUGCCACACCCUGUCGUACAUGAUCAGCAACCUAAGUGUCGCCUUCCCAGGGACGGAUACAUAUGACGAAUCUGUGGAGUCGUAUUUCUCAAAACAGCAAGAGUCGCUCCAUCCCGCCUGCAUCGUGAUGCCACAGAAUGCCCAAGACGUCGCGGAUAUCAUCAUUCCAUUGGGCACGAUGCAGCGUAGUCAAUGCAAACUCGCCAUCCGAUCCGGUGGACAUGCGAGCUGGGCGGGUGCUUCCAACAUCGCCGAUGGUGUUGUUGUCGACUUACGUGCUCUCGAUGACAUCGAUGUUAACCAGGAUACGUCCGUGGUUUCUCUAGGAGCGGGCGCUACUUGGGAUACCGCAUACGAGGUGCUUGAUCAGCUCGGAUUGAGUGUGAACGGAGGUCGAGCUGCAGGAGUUGGCGUUGGAGGUUCGACACUGGGAGGCGGCCUAUCUUUCUUCUCUCCCCGCUAUGGCUGGACAUGCGAUAGCGCAUUGAGUUUCGAGGUUGUGCUGGCCAACGGCUCUAUCGUCGAGGCAAGCGAUGCUCAAAAUCAAGACUUACUCUUUGCCCUUCGGGGCGGAAACAACAACUUUGGCAUUGUUACACGUAUCACAUUAGAGACAUUUCACCAAGGUCUUAUUUGGUCUGGCACCUUCCAUACCUCGAUCGAUUACGCGGAUAAUCAGAUCGCCGAAUUUGUCGAAAUUAGCUCUGCCGAUCCGUAUGACCAGUACGCUUCGUUCAGUACCACCUUCGGCUACUCACAAAUUGCUGGUCAUUCUGCCAUCUACAAUCAUCUGACGUAUACAAAGGAGGAAGAGAACCCGCCCAUUUACAGAGGGAUCCGGAAUUUGCCUUUGCAGGUGAAGUACACCGACACGACUAGAAUGGCGGAGCUUGCCAAGAGAACAGAGGCCAUUCAGUUGUACGGUGUACGUCGGCUUACUCGCGUAGCAACUAUCAUUCCCACGGUGCCGUUAUUGAAGGCUGCGGUCAUGCACUGGAAUAGAAGCAUCGUUCCCAUCGCGGAUGUCGUUGAUCUCGUCUGGGACCUCACCUUCGAACCGCUACCAUCAGAAAUUUAUGCCCGCGCCGUGGAUGAGAAUGCACUGGGCCUCUCAGACCGGACCGGCCCUCUUGUAAUCGUCUCAUUUCUUGCAACCUGGUCGAACGAACAGGAUGACAAGCAAAUCUAUGAUCUAGCCCACGCACUCAUAAGUUCUAUUGUCGGUGAAGCAGAGAGUCGUAAUGCGUCUGAUCCUUUUCUUUAUCUCAAUUACGCUGCACAAGACCAGGACCCGAUUGCCAGUUACGGUGAUAGAAGUGUUUGGCGUCUGAAACAGGUUAGAGAGAGGGUUGAUCCUGCCGGUGUUUUCACAUUUCAGGUACCUGGCGGAUACAAAUUUCCUGUCAAAGAUUGA